CACACGACCUUCAUCUCUUUGAUCUCUGCAUUUCGCCGACAGUCGCAUACAAUUCGCGUGAUAAUGGAAGUAAAUAAAAAAUAUUAAGAAAAAUUAUCUUUCAAAAUUACAGUAAUUGAUUUUUAUUCAACGAAAACACGAAAGUUUAAUACUUCAACAUCAUUUCAACUCUAAAACGUGUGUUAUUCGUGUACUUCAACGAAAGGUAACAAGGAAUAGAAAACACCGUAACUAACUGUGUUGCUUUUGCGCAUGAUUAUACUUCAGUAGUGUUUAAUUCUUAAUAUGGCCUUAAAAUUUACUGGAACAAGAACGCGCUCAGCUGGUAUAUUCGAUGCGAUUAGAAAACAAUUGAAAUCGUUAACUCUAGAACCAGCAAAAAAAGUAACAUUUCAAUUCGACCCUUUCGAACAGAAUGCAACUUCUAUGAGGCAUUUUUUAUACGUUAUCAGCGGUCCAACAGCUCUUAGAACGAAUCCUAGUUGCAAAAUAAAAACCGAAAUAGUUUGUGAUAGAAGAGAACCAACGAUCGAUGUAGCUUUGAGUAAUGGAGAAUCUGUACUGUUCAAAUGCAGACAUCUAGAUCAUUUGGAUAUGAUAACAUUAUUCAACAAAUACGUAUCAGCGUUAGCUCCUAAAAAAGUAGAAGUCGUUACUUCGGCAAUUCAAAGUAAAAUCGCUAGAAAAGUGUUGAAAAAGUAG